AUGGACUUUACAGAAUUAUACAAACAAACUUCAUAUAAUGUUAAAUUUUCACCCGAUGUGAAAUACCUUGUAACCGCUGUUCAACAGAAACUAGUUGUUCGCGAAGCGGCAACUUUGCAAAUUUUAUCCAUAUUCUCUUAUCCUAAUAUUAUAAAUAAAGUUGAAUGGACGCGUGAUUCAGAAUUAAUCUUGGCAGCUUGCUCUUCACAUAAUCUGGUCGCUGGGCUUUAUUUUCGCAAGGAUGGAAGAUACUUUAUUCUAGCAAGGCGUAUCGAAGGAAAGGAUAUCAUUAGCAUCUAUUAUUGUGAAGAUGCUUGGACGUUGGUGAAACAAUUUUUUAUUUAUUAUGAUCUCCAGAUGGAAGAUUUGUUGCUGUUUGGGAUCAUUAUAUGGAAAAGACGUAAAUUAAUAUACACAUCGGACGGGCAAUGCUUGCAAAAGUACAACGAGAAUACUGUGCUUGGAGUAAAAUGUGUCACGUGGGCGCCCUCCAGUCAAUUCUUAGCAGUCGGGAGUUAUGACCAGAAGAUUCGUUUGCUAGACUAUUACUCUUGGAAACCGACUAUAGAAUUCACUCAUUUUAACGACAUCAGUGAUGAUGAUAUAUUGCACCCGGAAGUAGGUGUCGGAGUUUGCAAAUUCAAUUCCACUGGAAGUUUAAUAGCUUCAUGUAACGACAAUAUGCCGGAAUGCCUAUGGAUCUGGGAUAUAUCUAAAAGAAAACUGAUAGCUGUGAUUGUACAAUUGAUGACCAUAAAGCAAUUUUGCAGGAAUCCUAUUGAACCCGAACUACUUGCGAUUUGUUGUGGGAAUGAUAAUAUAUACUUUUAG